AUGGUUGAGAGGAGAAUGAAGGGGAGCAUUGUGUGCACGGCGAGUGUGACAGGGAGCCGUGGCGGUUAUUGGAUGACUGACUAUUACAUGUCAAAGCAUGCUGUGAUAGGAUUGGUUAGAUCGGCAAGCACGCAGCUAGGAGCUCAUGGAAUUAGAGUGAACUGCGUCUCACCGUGUGGCGUGGCGACGCCGGGUUUGUGCAGGUGGCUUAGUAUGGAAGCUGAGGAAGUCGAGAGGAUGUAUGAGCCAAAUCCAUGCUUGAAAGGGAUUGUGAUUAAGACGAAGCAUAUUGCAGAUGCUGUGUCGUUUCUUGCAUCUGACGAUUCAGAAUUUGUGAGUGGGCAUGAGUUGGUGGUAGAUGGUGGCUUUCUAUCAAAAUUAAAUUGA